GCAGCGCUGCGCCGCACGUGUGCGAGCCCGGCGACUGGUGGGAAAUCUGGUACGUGUGGGUUUCCUCGCGGCGUCCCCUAUGUGUGUUGGCGCUGGCUGCUGUCUUCCUCGAGUGGCCACCGCCCUCCUGCGUCCCGAGCCGAGCGCCUUCUUCGCCACUUAGCCGGCGCCCGCAGGCUCUGGGUCCUCUUAAAUGUUUUCUUGGAGCCUUAAAGAUGGAAAUGACAAGCGUGUCCCUGAAACGUGGUUGCCUUGUUGUGGAAGAUAAUGACGGAGUGGCCCUGCAGGAGGAGACAAAAAAACAGAAAGUCUCAGAGUGCUAUCUGACCAACAGUCAGGAUGGGAUAGAAAAUGACGGUCUACACAGCAGUGACGGUGAGCCUGGACCUCCAGAAGUUGAAGGUGCCAAGAAAGAUAAAAAGAAUUCCAGUGCUCAGGUGCAAGAGGAGGAAGAUGGCUUUACAGAGGAAGAGGAAGAGCCCGAGAGUUUUGCAGACAUGAUGAAGCAUGGGCUCACAGAACUUGAUGUAGGCAUCACGAAGUUUGUGAGCUCUCAUGAGGGCUUCUCAGGGAUCUUAAAAGAAAGAUACUCUGACUUUGUUGUUCACGAAAUUGGAAAAGACGGACGGAUCAGCCAUUUGGAUGACUUAUCUGUUCCAGUGGACAAAGAGGACCCUCCAGAAGAAGCGCUCACUGUUUUGACAGCUGAGGACAAGCAGCAGUUGGAGGAGCUCCAGCUUUUCAAAAAUAAAGAAACCAGUGUUGCCAUUGAGGUCAUUGAGGACACCAAAGAAAAAAGAACUAUCAUCCAUCAAGCUAUUAAAUCUCUCUUCCCAGGAUUAGAGACAAAAACAGAGGAUAGAGAAGGCAGGAAAUACAUCGUAGCUUACCAUGCAGCUGGCAAAAAUGCUUUGGCAAAGGUCAGAACUGCAGCAGAUCCAAGAAAACAUUCUUGGCCAAAAUCUCGGGGAAGCUACUGCCACUUUGUUCUAUACAAGGAAAACAAAGACACAAUGGAUGCCAUCAAUGUAUUAUCCAAAUAUUUACGAGUAAAACCAAACAUAUUCUCCUAUAUGGGAACCAAAGACAAAAGGGCCAUCACAGUGCAGGAAAUCGCUGUCCUCAAAAUAAGUGCACAAAGACUUGCCCACCUGAAUAAGUGCUUGAUGAACUUUAAGUUGGGUAAUUUCAGCUAUCAGAAAACCCCUCUGAAAUUGGGAGAGCUUCAAGGAAAUCACUUCACUGUUGUUCUCAGGAAUAUAACAGGAACUGAUGAGCAAGUGCAGCAAGCCAUGCAGUCUCUGAAGGACACCGGCUUCAUUAACUACUAUGGCAUGCAAAGAUUUGGGACCACAGCUGUCCCUACAUACCAAGUUGGAAGAGCUAUUCUACAGAAUUCCUGGACAGAAGUCAUGGAUUUAAUACUGAAGCCCCGUUCUGGAGCUGAAAAGGGAUACUUGGUAAAAUGCAGAGAAGAAUGGGCCAAGACCAAAGAUCCAGCCUCUGCUCUCAAAAAACUACCUGUCAAAAGGUGUGUGGAAGGUCAGCUGCUUCGAGGACUUUCAAAAUAUGGAAUGAAGAAUAUAGUCUCUGCAUUUGGCAUAAUACCAAGAAAUAAUCGCUUAAUGUAUAUCCAUAGUUAUCAAAGCUAUGUGUGGAAUAACAUGGUGAGCAAAAGGAUAGAAGACUACGGGCUGAAACCUGUCCCAGGAGACCUUGUUCUCAAAGGAGCCACAGCCACCUACAUUGAGGAAGAGGAUGUUAAUAAUUACUCCAUUCAUGAUGUGGUGAUGCCCCUGCCUGGUUUUGAUGUUAUCUACCCCAAACAUAAAAUUAGUGAAGCCUACAGGGAAAUGCUCACUGCAGACAAUCUUGAUAUUGACAACAUGAGACACACAAUUCGAGAUUACUCCUUAUCGGGUGCCUAUCGAAAGAUCAUUAUUCGGCCUCAGAAUGUCAGCUGGGAAGUCGUUGCAUAUAAUGAUCCUAAAAUUCCACUUUUCAACACGGAUGUGGACAACCUAGAAGGAAAACCACCACCAAUUUUUGCUUCUGAAGGCAAAUACAGGGCUCUGAAGAUGGACUUUUCUCUCCCUCCAUCUACUUACGCCACCAUGGCCAUUCGAGAAGUGCUAAAAAUGGACACCAGCAUCAAGAAUCAGACCCAGCUGAACACAAACUGGCUACGAUGAGUAGUGCGUUCUUCAGAGAGGCGAUGCAGACAAGUACCUGCUCAAUGACCUCCUGUUCUUCUCUUUUUCAAUUGCUGACUCAUAAUUUGAUUUUUAAAAUUUUUAUAGUAAAGGAUUAUUUGUAUUUUUUAA